AUGACCAUGGGUUAUUCUUCGUUUAAACGGACACCGAUCGAUAUUUAUUUCAAAACAAAAAAAGAGCCAAAGAAGUUUCGAAUCGAAUAUGAUUUAGAUUUGCAUGAUUUAAGUAAUGGUGGAUCAAAGAAACGAUCUUAUCUGAGAACAUAUCGAUGCACAUUUAAGAAUCCCGAUCCUGAAUUUAAAGAAAAGAUUUUGGCUGCAGGAGGAAAAAUCCUUGAUAAUGGUCCAAAACGGGAUGCUGGCAAUGAAUCUGAGGUUGAGCCAGUUGCCUGUGAAUCUCCUGAUACCAACACACAUACAAAAUCAUUUGAUUCAAAUACGAGUCAUUAUGGUAAAUCAUCAUCUAUCAGCCAUUUACAACCACCGAAGUCAUCAAUCCCUACGAAUAGUAAAAUAAAAGUUCCAUCAAAUAAACAGUUAUGCACAUCAUCAACUGGUAUAACAUCAACAACGAAACGUUCUUCUACUUCACCAGAUCCGACAGUAUCGACCACAAAAAAACAACGAACAACAAUGAAUUCACUAUCCAACGCUAUCGUAGAACCAAAAAAACCAUUACCACCCAAAGCGAUUACUCCAGCGACAAAUAAUGUUGCCGAAGCGAUUAUAGUAUCAUCAAAAGAGACAAUAGCCAAAAAUGAAAGCGUCUCAAAAUCAAACUCAAACAACAAAAUUUCAACAUCGACAUCUAGCGUAAAACAACAAAAAGUUAACUCAACUACUAUAGCGGAUGAUACAUUAACGACCAUAAAUAACAAAACAAAAUUAUCGAACCAAAUGAAAACAGAUAUGACCGAUAUGCCAAUUACUAAAACAGAAGUAGUUCAGGAUGAAGGGAAAUCAAUAAUCAAAGAAGCAUCAACCAUUAAAAAAACAACAUCGUUGAAACCAUCACUACUACAGCAACCAACUGAUAAACCACAAUCGCAACGUGUGACUACUAAAGUAAAACACGUUUCAAGUACCGAUAUUUCACAACCAGAAAUUAAAAAAGAAGUAUUGCUGUCACCAAAAUCAUUACUGACACCGACUGAGUCGAUUGACUCCAUUAAAAAAGAUGAGAAAAAGAAGGAAACAUCGACUAGUUUAAAGAAAACGUUGUCGACAAACGCUCUAGUGUCAAAUAAGAAACAGACAACAGUGACGAAAGAAUUAGAUGUAGAGAAUGUUUCAACAAAGUCUGGUAGCACACCAAUAGUAAAAGCUACGUCCGUACCAAAUGUUAUACAAUCAAACGAAGAGAAAGAGAAGAAGACAAUCGUGAAGCCAAUGAUAAACAAUAAACCGAAUUCAACUAAAAACAACGCAACAAUCAACUCACUAUUACUCACAAAUGUUGAACCGAGUGAAAUAGCAGUGAAACAAGAAACUGAUAAUACAGAUAUUCUCAAUACUCAACCUAAUAUCGCACAAUUACCAUCAACUACUAAUACCACAAAAACGCAAGUUAAACCGUUGUCAACUUUUUCGAUGACACUAGUAAAGACAGAAUCGCCUUCUUCUCGUGCUGACGUUGAGACAAAAAAUGAGUCUUUAUCAUCCACGAAUUCGUCACUAACAGUAAUUAAAUCACAAUCAUCACCUAUUAAAAAUGGAAAUGUUUCACCUGGACAAUCAAACCAAAACAAUUCAUUAAAAAAGUUUCCAUUAAAUUCAAACAAAUCGGAUCAGCAAAAUUCAUCGAAACUUGAGCAAUCGGGACCAAAGUUAAUAAGUAAUCUUGGCAAAAUACCACGUAAACAACCACCACAACAAUCAAAAAAAGGAUAUAAUAGUUCACCAAGACAUCGAUCUCCAUCAUUCGACUCGGAUAAAGAAUAUCGUCGGUCUAACAAUAAAGAUCGUUCAAAUUCAAGGAGUACAUCUUAUAACAACCGUAGGUCAUCGUCAAAAGGAAGGAAUGGAAACAAUAAUUAUCGUAGUUCACCAAAUAGAUCGAGAAGAUACAAUGAUCGAGAACGCUCUCGGUCAAGAACUCGCUAUUAUCGUUCAUCAUCUCGUCGUUCGCCGUCCAAUGAAAGAUCUCGUCGUUCAUUCAAUGAUCACCGUCGUAAUUCUAAAAGUGAUUCAUAUAGAAGUAACAACUAUCAACGUGUAGAUGAUAGUCGACAACAUUAUGAUCGUCGUACAAAGUCAAAAAGUCCAUAUCGACAUCAACAUCAAGAAGAUAUCAGAAUAAAAGAGGAUUCACAAUCAAAAAUGGAAUCAACAUCGUCACCAUUACUUUUAUCGAUAAGUCCUUUUAGUCAUUCAGUAACACCUGAAGGACAACAACCACCUCGUUCUGUUGAACAAACAUAUUUAACAUCACCCGAACAACAGCAUCAUAUAUUUCAGAGUGAAGAUGAUAAUAAAGUUGUCGAAAUGGAUAUAGACGAUGAUAAUAUUAGUGACAGCGAAAAUAAUAAUCCUAUUAAUCACAAAACAGUAUCAUGUACAUUUAUUAAGGCUGAAACAGCACCACCUCCAUUGAAAAAUGACCAUUUACACUAUUCUGAUGAUGGUGGUAUUGAUAGUGACGAACAACAUGAUGAUGAAGAGUUUGAUGACGAAGAUGAUAGUUUUCCAGUAGUUUUGACAGAUGAAUCAUUAAGAACAAAAAUAGCGUUUAUAUACAAUUUGUUUUCACAUGAUGUCAAUCGUGAUGCUAUACUCGAAAAAUUUGUUCAUUUUUUUAAAAAAAGUGGACUGGUUGACACAACAAACGAUGAUCAUGAUACAUUCACGUAUGAUUUGUUAAAAUUAACUCCUGGAUUGAUAAACCAAUUAGCUGAUGAUUUAGGUUAUGUUAAACAGUGA